GCUCACCAAACAGCAGAUAUACAGGACAGACACUGAGUGUAAGCUAAUAAAAGUUAACUGCUUAAACAGACUGAAGAGACAGAUAAAGGCAGACAGGCAGAUAGUCAGAUAGACAGGCAAAGAGAUAGACAGGUACCUUUGUGCUACUGUAAAGAUUAGAGACAGACAGGCGUAGAGAUUUAGGCAGAAAGACAGUGGACACAUACUGUAGUUCAUCUUAAUGUAAACUGUUAUUGGUCACAGCAGGGGAUGUAAACAGACAGACAGGCAGACUGUGAGAGAGAGACAGAAAUACAUCAGAUCAUGCAACAGGAUGUUGUCAAAAAAGGAGGAGCGGAGGUCGUUCAGCAACGGGCCGCUGAGAGACCAAUGGGAGAAGAAAGCUCAGAGCAUCUCGGAGCAGAACAAACAGGAGGCCGAAUGGAAGAAGAAAAGUUCCAACAAAAUAUGUUUCUCAAAGUGGAAUUAUCACUGGUCACUAGUUUCCAAAGGAGACUUCCAUCAGCUCACCAGCGGUGAAGACGAUGCGGAAAAAAACAAGCCAAAAAUCAAAUUUAAAGUCGUCCCCCCUCCUCCCAAACCCAAAUAUGAGCCUGCCCCUGCUCCGCCUACUCCCAGGAAAACAGCUUCGCCCAAACUUUGCAGGCAAAAACGUAAAGUUGAAGUGGAUGUGUUCGGGCUGUGCUGGAGAGACUCCUGGAAGAGCCUGAAACCUCCAAAGUAUCUUUAUCUGAAGGCCAAGGAGACGAAAACUAGAAUCCAAGGAUUCACAACCAUAGAGCUGACUAACAACAGGGAGUACAAACCACAGGGGUACGGAUCAGAGGCCGAUUGGGAGUCUCCUGCUGAAAAAUGGAGUAACUCCUGGAAACAGGUGAAGAGCCCUGCCCAGUUGGAGCGCACUGAGGAGAAACCAUUCCAAUGGGAGAUUUUGUUUGAACGGAAACCGGUUGGCAAAGCUGAGAUAGAAAUCUUUACUCUUCCCGUCUGGGCCGGUACGUGGAAGUUCAUCAACUUUGCCUUCCGGCAGCAGCAAAAGUACUGGGAUCGUAUCUGGCCUGAUUUCCAACAAAACCUCAGCAACAAGUUUGACAAAGUACAACAACUAGAGGAGCAGGAGGAGCCCUCAGACUGGGAGGAUUCAUGGAAACUGUCCGGGGCAGAACUUGAACCAAAAGACACCACAGAGGAUGAGACACCAACUGCAGGCUCCUCCAGCACUGAAACCACAGUGAUGAUGAGGCUGAACGAAGUGUUCCUGCCUGGCUGGAGUGACUCCUGGCUGCUCUCUGCUGCCCCCCUGGAGGAAGAAGAAGAACGUCACAAAAACUGGAAGUCCUGCUGGGCAUACAGGCAGCAGAUCAGGUGGUGCAUGGCUUCACUGGAGUCCCAUCAGCGACACAGCGCCAUGCUGACUAGGAGACGUAAAGCCACAAACCUAGUCCUCACAUCACGGCUGGACGAGGAGACAGCAGAUAACACGGAGUGGACGGAGGCCUGGAGGAUUCCUAAAAGAUGGAUCGAAGCAAAGGAGGACAAAGUGGCCGAGACGCAGGAGGACGUGGAAGUGGAGGAGAUGAUGGAUGACACAGAGGAGGAGGAUGAAGGGGUAGACAACGAGAAGGAUGUAGAGGUAGAUGAGGAGGAGGAGGACGAGGGAGUAGAUGAGGAGGUGGAGAAGGAGGAAUACAAGGAGGAGAGGAGCAAAGAAAUACACAAGAAGGAAGAAAAAGAAAUGAACAAGAAGGAGGAGGAGGAUGAAGGCGUAGAUGAGGAGGAGGAGGAUGACGAAGAAGUCGACAACGAGGAGGAUGAUGUGAUAAACAAGAAAUAUGAGGACAAGGACCUAGAUAUAGAGGAUGAAAGUGAAGAAGGAGACGAAGAAGAGGAAGAAAAAGAUCUGGAUCAGGAGAAUGAAACCGUAAAAGAAGACAAAGAUGAGGAAGAAAAAGAUCUGGAUCAGGAGGAUGGAACCGUAAAAGAAGACGAAGAGGAGGAAGAAAAAGAUCUGGAUCAGGAGGACGAAACCGUAAAAGAAGAUGAAGAGGAGGAAGAAAAAGAUCUGGAUCAGGAGGAUGAAAGCAAAGAAGGAGAUGACGAAGAGGAGAACAAAGAAGCACACGAGGGGAGAGAGAAGGAGAAAGAAGUAAAGGAGAAGGGUGAUGACCAUGACGUGCAGGAGGAGGAAGAUGCAAAAGAAGACGAGGAUGGCAAGGAGGAAGAACAUGACGAGAGGGACAAACACAAGGAGGACAAAACCGUAAACCAAAACGGUGAGGGGGAUGAAGAUGAAGAAGUACAGAAGGAGGAGGAGGAAGAGGGGGACAAAGAAUUAGAUGAGAAGGAAAGAGACAAAGAUGAGGAAGAGGAGGACAUAGAAGCAAAAGAAAAAGACAAAAUGGACGACGUAGAGGAAGAGGAGAAUGCAGACGAAGAGGAGAAUGAAGAAGUAGAUAAGGAGGAGGACAAAAUAGCAAAUAAAGAGGAAGAUAAAAGUGUGGAGGAGGAGGAUGAGAAGGAGGAGGAAAAAGAAGAGGAAGAGGAAGAAGAAGAGGAGAAGGAAGAAGCAGAAUACAAGGAUGAAAAGGAAGAGUUAAACAAAGAUUGGGUAGAGAAAGAAUCAGACAAAGGUGACAAGCAGGAGGGCGGAGAAGUAGACGAGAAGAAGGAGAGAGUAGACAGGGAGGGGGAAAAUGAAGAUGUAGAUGAGGAUAGUGUAGAUACAGGCGAGGAGGAUGAAGAGGUAGACGAGGAAGAGGAAGGAGGGGACAUGGAGGACGAAGCAGACAAAGGCCGGGAGAAAGAAAUAGACAAGGAGGAGGAGGAAGGAGAGGACACGGAGGACGAAGCAGACAAAGGCUGGGAGAAAGAAGUAGACGAGGAGGAGGAGGAGGAGGAAGAUGAAGUGAAUCAGAGGGACAAAGAAGAAGAAGUAGUAAAUGAGGAAGAGGAUGAAGAAGUAGAUGAGGGAGAAGAUGAAGAAGUAGAUGAGGGAGAGGAUGUAGAAGUAGACGAGGGAGAGGAUGUAGAAGUAGACAAAGGCGAGGAUGUAGAAGUAGACGAGGAAGAGGAUGUAGUAGACGAAGAGGAGACUAACGAAUACAAUGCUGAAGUAGAGGAGAAGACGGUCGAAGCGGAGGACGGCAACCGUGACAAGAUAGACGAGAAAGAAGAGGAAAACAACGUAGACAAAGAAAAGAAACGAAUCAAACGCAAACCUGAUGUCCCACUCCAUCUGCAAUUCCAUAAACUACACACGUCCUUCUCCUCCUGGAAGAAGUCGUGGAUGGUGGCGGUAGCUCGCAGAGGAGGAGACGAAGAGGAAGAGGAGGACGAGGAAGAGGAUGAGGAGUUGGUAGAGGAGUGUCGGGCUUGGAAAGAGUCGUGGAGGAUUUACCACUGGAGGAAGCCUGACGAUGACGAGGUGGUGUGCUUCUCCACCGCGAACCGGAGUCAGAGAUACAUUGGACUGAUGCAUGCUGCGAUGCCAAAGAGGGAAUGGACUCUCAGCUGGAAGACAAACCAAGACUGUAGAAAAGGAUGUAAACACUGAAGUAGAAGAGGAGGAGGAGGAAAAUGAAGAAGAGGAAAGUUGAAAUUUUCUGAAAGCUCUUUUGCAAAUUGUAUUAAGUAAAGGUUAAUGGGAAGGAACUCUCCUUUCUUAGCGUAAUCCUGAAAAGAAAACCCUGAAUCAUUCACCAUAUUUUGUGUACUCAUAUUCCCAUAUUAAAAACACAGCUUCGUGAGUUCAGAUGUUUAAGGAAGAAUAUGUAGAAAGUUGUAGAAAGACUGUUUAAUAAAACUGUAUGAUUGUAAAAUGAUAACCUAUCAGAGUAAGGUAGAAUAAGAAAAAGAGUAAAGCACACGGAGAUGUCCUGAUACAAGAAAAUAAUAUUAUUGUCAAUUCUGUGUCUUCUACAAUUGUAGCGGAUUCCCCUGUCCUGUCACAAAAUGCUGAUGUUAGCUAACUAUCCUCCAUUGCUAUAAAGCUAAUGUUUGUACCAAAGACACACAAGGUUCGCCAAGGUUCAACACAUUUUCACAAUUCACAUGAUCACAGGUGGGAAAUAAUACUGUCCAAGUGAAGCUGAAAUUAAGAAAAUGUACCAAAAAUCAACUGAGGAUAGAUUGUGAGAUUGAUGCGACAACUGAAAAAAACUGGAACAUUUAGCCAACAACUUUCUAAUUUCUAUUUUUAAUACAAAAACAUUAACCAAAGAGUGAUAGUGCUUUCCAUCAGUACUCUGAAGUCAGAUUUUUCGAGGUCAAAGUCGGAAACACGCCUCCUGACCUCAGAUUUCCGAGCUCGGAACUCGUACAACCUCAGAGUAAACCGAGCUCAAAAUCCAAGAUGGCUGCCCGUGCAUUAACAGUUGUGAAAGCUGUAGUAAUAUACAGAUAUUUGUCUUAUUUGUGUCUCACUAAAUCAGUUAGCUGCGCUGUCCAACUUCUAUCUGUGGACAUGUUGUUACACUGUUUGUAUGCACAAAAAAACAGCGUUGUUAUCGACUGGUAUUGCUAACGAUAGCUAACCUGGCUAGAGCUAAUGAAAACAAUGAAAAAUCUGACUUGUAAAUGGAACGCAUUCAACUCGGGUGUGAAGUCAUUCCCAGCUCCGGCUUCCGAGUUCCCGGGUAAACGGAAUGCACUAUGAGCAUGUUAAGGACUAGAUACACUAAAUGCUAACAUGAGGUAGUGACAGUCUGGGAAUAUGAAGCACUUUAAGAGAGAUGAUGGACGUUGACCAAGAAUUUGUCAAAAUAUGUAGGAAAUGUAAUGUGCAAAAAUGUCAUGUUCAGUGGUAGAUGUGAAGGACGAUGCACAGAUCAGUCUUAACAGUUUGUGUAUCUUUACAGCAUUGUGGUUAAAAUUAUGUAUAAAUAUAUAACUGCAUUUA